AGAGCGAUAAAAGCUAAUCAAAUCAAACGCUAUUGAUUUUUCGUCGAUUCAAGCGAGCGCUUGUGCCUAAAAACAGCUUUUAAAGCCUCUAAUUGCAGCUAAACAUUAUUCGCUAGCAACAUAUUGUGUUGACUUUCACCAUAGGUCUUGCCGAGACUGCCGUUCUAGAUAUUAUGGCUGCGAAUUUGCAACAGCAGCGCACCAUCAAUGAGCAACUGCGUCGUGAGGCGGGAAUACCCCGCAUCCAGGUGUCGGAGGCGUGUAAUGCCAUGAUGAAAUAUAUGAUAGAUCACGAGUCGGAUGAUUGUCUGUUAAGUGGAUUUACCAGUCAAAAGGUGAAUCCAUUUCGGGAGAAGAACUCAUGCAACAUUUUAUAAGCUCAAUUUUGAAUAGGUACACAAGUUCCUAGCAGUAUUUCAUAACAUGUAGACAUACAAUUAUUGUUUAUGUUUAUUUCGAGAACUCUAAUAGACUAGAACAACAACACAAAAUUCUAUUACUGCAUGCAUGUGUGUAUAACCUUUGAUGUUUCUGGAAAUGUAUGCUGACCUCAAUUAUGUCUAUAAACUGAACAUACAUGAAUACUGUAGAAAAUUAUUUAUUACUGUGCGAACGAGCAGCCCAAAUGAAAAUGUAAAUGAAAAGGAGAAGGAAAAUGAUCAUGUCAAACCGUCUUUAACAUACAUAUGUAUACCAUGUAUUUUGCUAAUCCUAUAGCUCUUUUUUGGAGAC